GGGGAGAUGACAGCUCGCCCGCCCCAUCAUUUCACCGUUUCACAGGCGGUGCGCGGUCGGUUGGUUUUUUUUGCUCCCUGUUCGUUUGUGUUUUGGUAAGGAAGGGGUUUGACAGCGCCGCCCGGCUCGGACGCCAUCUCUGUCAGGAUGAAGUUGUUCUCCGAGGCGCACAAGACGGUGUUCGUGGUGGAUCACUGCCCGUACAUGGCCGAGUCCUGCCGGCAGACGGUGGAGUUCGACAUGUUCACCAAGAACCGGGCCCCAGGCAUCAUCCCGCUCGCUCCCAUCUCCAAAUCCCUGUGGACCUGCGCCGUGGAGUCGGCCAUGGAGUACUGCCGCAUCAUGUACGACAUCUUCCCGGCCCGGAAACUGCCAGCAACAUUAAGCAGCAUGACGUCAACAUCUGGUGACCAAAGGCUGCUAACAGUUGCUCCAAAGCAAUUAAUGGGUGCAACCAGGGUGAAUUUCAUUGUAAGUGACUCAAGAGCACACACCCUGAACUCCUGGGGGCAAGAAGAUCAGAACCUGCAGGAGUUGAUGGCAGCCUUAGCAGCUGUCGGGCCUCCCAACCCACGCAUGGACCCGGAGUGUUGCAGUGUGCUGCAUGGCUUAGUUGAAGCAGUGGAGGUCCUGUGCAAAUGUACCGAUUAUCAGCACGAAGCCCGGACCACAUUAAUGGAGAAUGCAGACCGUGUCAGCAAUCGGGGUCGUAUCAUCUGUAUAACUAAUGCCAAAAGUGACAGCCAUGUGCGAAUGUUGGAAGACUGUGUCCAAGAGACAAUCCAUGAGCAUAACAAGUUAGCAGCUAGUUCUGAUAACCUGAUGCAAAUUCAACAUUGUGAACUGGUCUUAAUUCACACCUACACUGCGGGUGAAGACAGCCUAGUUUCAGAUCGUCCAAGGAAAGAUAUCUCUUUGGCUUUAACGAGUGAAGUACACAGUGUCCGUGCAGGAAGACAAUUACCUGCAAAGCUCACUUCCCUUGUCCAGCAACACUUUGACCUUGCCUCCACUACUAUUACUAAUAUACCCAUGAAGGAAGAACAACAUGCAAACACUUCUGCAAAUUAUGAUGUAGAGCUUCUCCACCAAAAAGAUGCUCAUACUGAACUACUAAGAAGUGAAUGGAAGAACAUGACACCCAUGACAUGUGACCACUUCAAGGGAAAGAAAGUUGAUCCACAUUUAGGCAGUAGCAAUAGAGAUAGUGCUGUCAAAGAUACAGUGACAUUAAAAUGGUGUACCCCGCGAACUAAUAAUGUUGAGUUGCACUAUUGCACCGGGGCAUACAGAAUAUCACCUGUCGAUGUAAACAGCAGACCUUCCUCUUGCCUAACAAACUUCUUACUGAAUGGUCGAUCAGUUUUGUUGGAACAGCCUCGUAAGUCAGGUUCCAAAGUGAUUAGUCACAUGCUUUGCAGCCACGGUGGUGAGAUUUUCCUGCAUGUUUUAAGCAGUGUUCGCUCCAUUCUGGAGGACCCCCCAUCGAUUAGUGAAGGGUGUGGAGGAAGGGUUACUGAUUACCGGAUUACGGAUUUUGGUGAAUUCAUGAGAGAAAACCGAUUAACUCCUGUAAUGGAAAGGGGCUAUCUGAUGGAUGGAAGUAUGGAAGUUCCACUGGAGAGGGCGAAGUCCCAGCUUGAGAGGCAUACACGUUAUUGGCCAAUGAUUAUAUCUCAGACUACAAUCUUCAACAUGCAGGCUGUUGUACCUUUAGCUAGCCUAAUCGUGAAGGAGAGCCUAACUGAUGAUGAUGUCCUUAAUUGUCAAAAAACUAUCUACAAUUUGGUAGAUAUGGAAAGAAAAAAUGAUCACUUGCCCAUUUCUACGGUUGGUACCAGAGGCAAAGGCUCCAAAAGAGACGAACAGUAUCGGAUAAUGUGGAAUGAGUUGGAAACCCUAGUAAGAGCCCACUUAAACAACUCCGAGAAACAUCAGCGCGUGCUGGAAUGUCUGCUGGCGUGCAGGAGUAAGCCACCUGAAGAGGAGGAGCGCAAGAAGAGCCGCAGGAAGAGAGAAGAUAAAGAAGAUAAAUCAGAAAAGAUAGUGAAAGAUUAUGAGCCUGAGAAAUCUUGGCAAGAUACUGAGCGCCUAAAAGGAACACUGGAACGAGAAAAAGAGGAGUUGGCUGAAGCUGAGAUAAUCAAGGACUCUCCAGACUCCCCUGAGCCUCUGAACAAGAAACCCAGAGUCAGCAUUGGAGAAAUACAGCCUCCUGAAAAGGUUAAAGGCCCAAUUUCCUUGCUUGCAAUGUGGACUAAUAGGAUCAACACAGCAAAUUCAAGAAAACACCAAGAAUUUGCUGGUCGCUUGAGUUCUGUUAACAACAAAGCUGAAUUGUACCAGCAUCUUAAAGAAGAAAAUGGAAUGGAUACACAUGAAAAUGGCAAAGCCAGCAGGCAGUGAAGAAAAGAUUCGUCGUAUGGUGUUACAGAAGCACCUGGCCAGCUGUGAUACUGUUUGUACAUUAAUGAUUUCUACUAAAGACCCAAGACCUUUUCAGGAAUUUGACCUCAAAUCUACCAAAAUGCUGCUGCUGAAGUAACUUGUAACAAAAUAUAUAGUUUACAAGUUAUGCUGCGAGGAUUUAAAAUAAUUUUACUCUUUGUUGAAGUUGACGUUUUGUACUGUAGAAUACAUUGACAAUUUUAGACAAGGUUUACAUAAAAUUUUCAUUGUUGUCCAAAAAUAAAAGUUCUGACUUUA